CUACAAGCACCACUACGACGACCACUAGUGUUACGUAUCUGUGGGUUUCUGGUAACUUCCGCCGUCGUCUCACGUUCUCUCUCACACAUACAUAUAAAACCACCGCCUUCACAAGGCUUUAGUACAUAAAUACACUCACACAGACGUAGUAAAUAUAUAUAUAUAUAGUUAUAACAUACUGACAAGAUUAUACCUUUGAAGGAAUAUUAAGUUUUUUCUUCUUACGAACUUCAGUCAAAACUUCAAUUUAACCAAAAAUUAUGGCACGUGGUCAGCAGAAAAUUCAGUCACAGCAAAAACAGAAACUAAAGAAAGAUAAAAUGAAGAAAUCCACUGGACAUGACCAGAAGAAGGCUGCAGCAGCAGCACUCAACUAUAAGUGCACUGUUUGUAUGUCUUUGAUGCCUGAUGUAAAAACCUACAAACAGCACUUUGAAAACAAACAUCCGAAAGCAUCUUUGCCAGAAGAAUUGAAACUGGAAUGACAGCUACCAUGGUGACUUAAGCUAGACUCUGCCAGAAACAUCUCCCCAAUUAUUGGCAGAUCCUGAAGAAAACCAACCUGCUGUGUAUUCCUCUUUUGUAGCAACAGUCACCUUUCUAUUUUCACACCUUUUCCUUCUGACAC